ANCUGNUCUGCUUCUGUGAAGAUCAAGGCCUCCAAGUCACCAUGGCUACAGAAUAUCUUUCUGCNCAACAUCACUCUGUUCCUGGACUCUGGACGCUUCACCCAGAGCGAGUGGAACCGUCUAGAGCACUUUGCUCCUCCCUUUGGCUUCAUGGAACUCAAUCAGUCUCUGGUACAGAAGGUGGUGAGCCGCUUCCCUCCAGUUUGCCAGCAGCAGCUCCUCCCUAGUGGGAACUCCACGUGUAUCACCUGUGCUGUAGUGGGCAACGGGAGCAUCCUGAACAAUUCACAUGUUGGCCGGGAGAUAGACAGCCAUGACUAUGUUUUCCGACUGAGUGGAGCCAUUAUUAAAGGAUAUGAACAGGAUGUGGGGACCCGGACAUCCUUUUAUGGCUUCACUGCCUUCUCCCUGACCCAGUCUAUCCUCAGUUUGGGUACACGAGGCUUCCAGCAUGUUCCUCUGGGGAAGGAUGUCCGAUAUCUACACUUCCUGGAAGGCACCCGGGACUAUGAGUGGCUGGAAGCUAUGUUUUUGAAUCAGACCUUGGCAAAAACCCACCUUUCCUGGUUCAGGCAUAAGCCCCAGGAAGUCUUCUGGGACGCCUUGGACGUGGAUCAAUACUUGCUGCUGCACCCAGACUUUCUCCGUUACAUGAAGAACAGGUUUCUGAGGUCAAAGACCCUGGACACUGCCCAAUGGAGAUUAUACCGCCCCACCACUGGCGCCCUCCUGCUGCUCACAGCCCUUCAUCUCUGUGACAAGGUCAGCGCCUAUGGCUUCAUCACCGAGGGCCAUGAGCGCUUCUCUGACCACUACUAUGAUACAUCGUGGCAACAGCUUGUCUUUUACAUCAACCAUGACUUCAGGUUAGAGAGAACAGUGUGGAAGCGUCUUCAUGAUGAAGGCAUCAUCUGGCUUUACCAGCGCCCACCAAGUGACAAAACAAAGAACUGACCAGCUCCAAGAACAGGGGGUCCCCCUCGACCACUUACAACACAGAAUGUAAGGGCUCCUCAAACGUUCCUACCUGUGCCUCUGGAAUCAGCCCUGCUCCACACCUUUCAAGAGUCUAGAUCUACAGAGUAAGUUCACUGUCUGACAGAGCUA